AUGAUCGACCAGGACGCACUACGCUUUUACAAUGACCUUGCUGUCUACCUGCGAAACGGUGGAACCGUUGGAUCGGUCGAGGAAGGAGCUCGAAUUGCGAAGGCUCUUGGGCCAAAAUGCCGCUGUGUCAUCCUUCAGAACCGCGGCAUGAUCACUUGUGGCAAAACGGUGGAUGAAGCCGCUUUUUUGUUCAUUGCCCUUGAUCGCUGCUGCAAUGCCCAAAAGAUGGCAAAUUCAGUAUCCUGA